UCCUCGAGCAACAUCUCUGCUAGCUGGCACCUAACCGCCCUUGCGGGAACAGCAGCGCGUCGGGAUUAUUCAGCUGACGAUUGCUGGCAGCAAGUUUCUGUCGGGUGUUGAGGAGCAGGAGGGAUGGAGCAGUCCUACCGCAGCCACAUGCGCUCCCUGAGCGUGGACUACAGCCACGGAGGGAAGCCGACCGGUUUCGACGUGGCGAGCAUGGACGUGAGGGCGUGGCUGCAGCAGUGGCCCAGGGUGUUGAGCCAGCUGGAGACGCUGGUCGUGGGCCUCAAGCGGAGGCAAGUAAGCGGACCCUACAACUGCGCGCAGUUCACGGUGGAGCUCUACCGCAACCUUGUCGGCUCCUGCAAAUGGGGCACCGCCGGGCAGCUCAUGGACGCGGUCAGGGAGGUGGGGAGGGAGCUCGUGGCCGCCAAGCCCUCGGAGCUCGCCGUCGGCAACAUGGUUCGGCGGGUGCUGUACAUCAUCAGAGACGAGUACGAGUCUGCUCUCUCUGCCGGUGAUGGAAGCGGCAGUGGGCAGGCAGCAACAUCGGCUUCGCUUUCGUCGCCAUCUGCAUCGCGAGGAGGAGGAGGAGGGGGACACGGCAAGGCUAACAGCAGAGGGGGAUCCACCGCCCGUGGGGUUGCAACAGGAGGGGCGGGAGGGGCGGCCGGGACAGGGGAGGGGGGAGGGCUCGGGCCAUCGCUCACGGGGAUGCUGGGAGGACAGUUCGGCGCCACCGACUUCGGAAGGUCGUGCCCAGACCUUCGACAAAACGUGGUGGCCAGCGUCAGCGAGCUCAUGACGGAGUUGCGGGACAUGCGAGGCGUCAUCAAGGAGCACGCAAAGGACACCAUACACGCCAACGAGGUCAUACUGACCUUCGGCAACUCGGCGACGGUAGAUGCUUUCCUUAAGGCCGCUGCUGGUGGAGCGAAGGACGGCCUUAACUUCAGAGUCAUCGUGGCGGAGGCGGCACCGUUGUGCAGCGGCCACGUUCUCGCCAAGAGCUUGGCCAAGCAUGGCAUCGACACAACCGUAAUCAGCGACAGCGCGGUGUUCGCCAUGAUGGCCAGGGUUAACAAGGUGAUCCUGUCCACACACGCUGUUGUGGCCAAUGGGGGCCUAAUCGCUCUCAACGGCAGCCACGCCGUGGCUCUGGCGGCGAGCGACCUCUCCGUCCCCGUCGUGUGCGUCACCGGGCUGUUCAAGCUGUGCCCGCUGUUUCCUCACGAUCAGGACACGUUCAACUGCCUUCUCUCGCCCGCUGCGGUGAUGUCCUUCAAGGACAAGGACAGCAUGAAGAACGUCGAGGUUUUGAACCCCGCGUACGACUACAUCCCACCCAACCUCGUCGAUCUCUACAUCACCAACAUGGGGGGCUUGCAACCGUCGUACAUCUACCGGCUGUUGGCGGAGUACUACCACAGGGAUGACUUGAUCAUCUCCCCUUCAGACGAGCAGGCCAGCUGAAGUUCAUUACGUUCUGCGUCGUCUGUGUGGGUAGUUGGUCGGGAGUUUGAGGAUGCGCUCACUUCUGUAGUAGCGGUAGGGGCUGGUCAGCUGGGCAAUGUGGUAUCGUGUGACAGCCGUGCCGGCCUGUAGAGCAUUCCUUCCGACUUUGUUUUGAAGGUGUUCCGCUUCCUCAUCGCUAUGGUCUAGACCGUGAAUACGCAUUGGCUCCUUUGUAAGAAAACGGUCACCAUGUGCUAGGCACAGUUGUUGUUGUUUUUCUCCCAUCAUU